AUGCGGACGAAGCGGCGCCUCGAGAGCGCCUGUGGCAACAAGGGAGAUGGAAGCGGGAGCUCUUCAGGCGCAGCAGUCGCAGCAGCAGGAGCUGAGUUGGACUGCGAGGAGGCUAGAGCUGCAGCGGAGCAGGAGCUGUACGGGGGAUUAUUCACAGUCGAAGAGUUGCAAGUGCUGCUGGGCUUGCUGACUCCGCUGGCAAGCCAUCGCAGCGCUGAAGUGGGGGUGUUGCUGCAGUGGCUAGCGGUGGUAUUUGCUGCUGCUCCGCCUCCGAUGGCUGCAGAUCUCAUUGAGCGCACUCAUGUUGCAGCUGUUUCCUCCCUGCAAGCAGACGCCGCUGCCACUAAGCAGCCGCACCAAAUCAAGAGCGAGCGGCAGCCUCCAGACGCCGUCGUCGUUCCCAGUGUUUCUGCUGGUAGUAGUGGUCUACCCGACGAGGCUCAGCUGCUGCCCGUCUCGCUGCUGCAUUCACUCCUGCAGGCGACACAGUCCUCGGUAGUCAGCAUCCGACGCGCUGCUCUGGCGUUGCUAGAUGUGCAGCUCGAGCUGCAGCAUCGUGUGUAUCUACAGCAGCAGCGGCUGCCUGCUCGGCCCAUGGGCUGUCUCAAGAGGCUGCAGCUUCUCCUGCUCAUGCCGCAUUGGACUGUCAUUUCUUCCCGCAACGUGCUGCACACAAUCGUCGCUCUGAUGCUCAUGAACGGCAGCAGCGGCAGCGUUGAACAGCUGGUUCAAAAGCCCCCUCCCCCCCCGCGUCAGCUUCUCCGUGAUGCAGCUGCUGCACUGCUACCACCGCUGGUUCCGCAGCAGCAGCACACGAACAGCCUUAGCCUCAACACCGUCUGCGAAAUCAGCGUCCUCCAACACAUUCUACAACAGCAGAGCAAUUCAGCCUCAACAGCUGCUCCCGAGGCAGCAGCCGCUGCUGGCGUAACGCCACUGGUGGCGCAUGGAAUUUCUGCCUACUCUGCGCUGACAACAACCCCUCCGCCAACGAAACAGCAGCAGCAGCAGCAGCUCGCUGCAACUCCCAUGGAGGAGGACGAGGAAUAUCUACACCAGCAACAACAGCAACAACAACAGCUCCAGGAGUCUCACCGCGAAUAUCUUGAAGUGCAUCUGAGACUAGGGUUGUUGCAACAUGCUCCUGGAUUCGCAGCGUGGCGCAAAUCUCUCGAGUCUGUGCUGCAGCAGCAUGCGGAGUUUUGCAAGCAACAGGUGCUGCCCCUAGAACAGCACCAGCAGCUCUGCCGUCUGCAAGACGGCGAGAGCUUCUUCGCAGGUUUGGAAGUAACCGCCUUUUUCUCUAUCCCGCUGACAGAGCUGCUUCUCUCGGCAGUCUUUAAGGCAUGCUGGAGUGUUGCUACAGACGACCAGCGCGCCAGCCUCGCAGAGGCGUGUGCUCUCUUCCUUUCAAGGCACAUGGACGCUGACAGCGGAGAUGAAGGCACUCCUGAUGGCGAGCCACACCAGAAGCAGCAGCAGCAGCAAAUGCUGCAGCGCAGCAGUAGCACCAGCAGCUGCAGCAAAAGCCGCGUGUUGCAGCCGUUCCUGCAGGCGCUGCUGCAACUUGACCCUCUUCCACUGCUGCCGGUGGAGGUUCUGCAGCAUUUGGCAUUGCAUUCGAACUGCAGUCACGAGGCACUGCAGCUGCUGCAACACAGCUAUCUGCAUGCAGUCUCAGUCUCUGCGGAAGCGGCUGCAGCAGCGGCUGGGGGGAGUGCUAGUGCUGCUGCUCCUUCCCCCCUGACUCCUUCCACAACCGAACCGCUCAAUUCACAACAAGAGCAGCAACAGCAGCAGCAGCAAGAAAAGAAGACCACUUCCCUAGACUUUGGGCUGAGUAAAUUGCAUUUCUUUGACGACAGCAUCGAUUACGAUCAUGAUCUAGCGGCAUCUGGCUCCACUGCUGCUGAGGGGCAGCAGCAAGGCGAUGCAACGACUGUGGCAGCGUACAAAUUACAGCAACAGCAGUAUGCGAGUCUGGCGCGGAAGGCUGCAGCGGUAAGCAUCGACCUGACGGAAUGUGCAUGGCAUGCGGCUGGAUACGGAAGAGCGGCGCGAGGAGAGGCCACACUUCGGUGUCGAAUUGCGAAAAUGCUCAGGGAACGCUUGUGGAUCGACUGUUGUCGCGAGUUGAAUCGCUGGAAUUCACUGCACGAAGUGGCGCAAGCGGCAGCACGUCGUUCCCGCCUGUCGCUACAGUGCGCGGCCAAACUGCAGCACUGGGGAGAGAUCGAUAGGCUUAUGCAGACGCAUCACGUUAGUGAACCGGCGACGAAGCUUUGUCAGAUAUUUGUGUUUUAUAUGAGUAUAGAUAGUUGUGUUUCACAUGUAUGUGUGUGGCAAUUUUGGGGGUGUGGGUGUAUGCACAUACCAGUCGCUGCACGAAGUUCUCUAUCCAAAGGGGCAGCUGGAAGCAGAUGCACGGCCAUGGGUGCGCACAGAGAAGCUGCAGGUAUUUAG